AUGACAGAACGAGGUCCCAUGUACGGACACCAGAAUAAUAAAAGCUUAGCCAAGAUAGAAGUGAGCAAACGAAUGAGGCAUUUGGAGAGCACCGCUCAUGUGCCAGGAAGUUUCGAGGACGUAGGACUACUGCCCAAGUUCAUCGAGGACGUCCCGAACAUCACCGUCACUGUGGGUCGCGACGCCCUCCUUCCCUGCACCGUCGAGGGACUCAUGGGCUUCAAGGUGGCAUGGGUGCAGGUGGACACGCAGACUAUCCUAACUAUCCACAAGCAGGUAAUCACCAGGAACCCCCGGGUGGCACUCCUCCACAACGACCACCGGACGUGGCACCUUCAGAUCAAGAACGUGAGGGAGAUUGACCGCGGCUGGUACAUGUGUCAGGUCAACACCGACCCCAUGAGGUCACGCCAGGGAUACGUCGAUGUUGUCGUUCCGCCGGAUAUCAUUGACCGCGAGUCGUCCGGUGACCUCACGAUUCGAGAAGGUCAAGACGUGACCUUGACAUGUCGUGCUAGAGGUCAUCCGCCACCCACCAUUAUCUGGAGACGUGAGGACAACCAAGAUAUUCUUCCUGACCCCGGUCAACCAGGACGGGACGUGAGUGAAAGUGGCUCUUCAGGGCCUGACGCAAGUGCGUCAGGCCCAGCGGGGCACGACGUGGUGGGCAUCGGCCGUGCCCACAGCCGCGACGUCUCAGGACACCCAAGACGAGGAGGGACGACGCGGGUCGUAGAGGGAGAGACGCUGGUGCUGAAGAAGGUGUCCAGACUCCAGAUGGGGUCGUACCUCUGCAUCGCUUCCAACGGCAUCCCGCCCUCCAUCAGCAAGAGAGCCCACCUCCGCGUCCAGUUCGCGCCGAUGGCCUGGGUGCCACACCAGCUGGAAGGUGCCUACGUGGGCCAAGACCUGACCAUUGAGUGCCAGACCGAGGCCUUCCCCCGGAGCAUCAACUACUGGACUGACACCUCCGGGAACAUGAUCGUCGCAGGUGAGAGAUUCGAACCAGUGUUGGCAGAGACGUUCUAUAAACUAUAUAUGAGGCUGAGAAUACGAGGGGUGACCCGACAGGACUUCGGCACCUUCAGAUGUGUGGCCAAGAACUCCCUCGGGGAGACUGAUGGAGCCAUCAGGAUCUACGAGAUAGAGCCGCCCAAGUCUCAGGUGAACGAAGGGCUCUCAGAAGCUGGGGAGGGGGAGGAGGAGACGUCUGGGGAGUUGGGGACAACCACCCCCACCACCAUCAUCAAGAAAGAUAACAAGAAGUAUCAGAAUUUGCAGCAUCCGAAGGGGAUUAACGAUCUAACAGACGAGCUGCAGCUAGACAAGUCCUUUGGGGCAAAAGGCGGUGAUGACGGCGACUUCACUCCGCCGCCGCUUCUGGUACAGCGUCCGGGGCAGUUGCCGGAGCACAUAGACCACGGCGGUGGCAAUGGUGGCAGCGGUGGGAUGUCCUGUCCGGCGGUGUUGCCAGUGGUGGCCGUCAUGGUCUUCUUCCCUCUCCACCCGGCGCUCACAGUGUGAGAGUGGUUGCUAGGUCUCCUGAUCUCGUCUGUGCGACUGUGGCGAAGGCUGUUAGGUCUUCUGGCCUCGUCUCUGCGACUGUGGCGAAGGCUGUUAGGUCUUCUGGUCUCGUCUCUAUGACUGUGGCGAAGGCUGUUAGGUCUUCUGGCCUCGUCUCUGCGACUGUGGCGAAGGCUGUUAGGUCUUCUGGUCUUGUCUCUAUGACUGUGGCGAAGGCUGUUAGGUCUUCUGGCCUCGUCUCUGCGACUGUGGCGAAGGCUGUUAGGUCUUCUGGUCUCGUCUCUAUGACUGUGGCGAAGGCUGUUAGGUCUCCUGGUCUCGUCUCUACAACUGUGGCGAAGGCUGUAACAGCCUUCGCCAAGCCAGGAGACCUUUACCAGGAGACCAGGCCUUUAGGCCAGGAGACCUAAUUAGGUCUCCUGGCCUCGUCUCUACGACUGUUUCUAUUUUAAGAAACAAAUGCGAGACAAAUUACCUUUUUCCUGAUGUCAUGUCUGAAAGGAUUACCUCAAGGAAGUCUGCCAGCUGUGAGAUACAUCAUCUGACACUUGUAAGUAGUUUGUUUUGACAUUACAGGAAUCUUUCCAGGAUCAGCCACUGCUCCAGUUCCUGCAUCAACCAGGGCAGCCACGGCUCCUGUAAAGGCAGGCGUAAGUCGCCUUUCACAGAUAAGAAAAGCGUGGGACUAAAAUUAAGAAACCAGGUAAUUUUGACCAACUUCCGAUUUCUUCAAGAUGCGGGUUGAUGAUCACCCUGAUGAGUGAAGAUACACUCAAUGCAGGCGAUGAGUCACAAUAACGUAGCUGAAGUAUGUUGACCAGACCACACACUAGAAGGUGAAGGGACGACGACGUUUCAGUCCGUCCUGGACCAUUCUCAAGUCCGACCUGGACCAUUUCUAGAUCCACUCAAGCAGGUAUAGCUAGGGUAUAGGUUCUUAAGUGUGUAUCCUGAUAAUAGCUGUUUGAGUGUGAGGAGUGAUGUGUAUCAUGCUACAGUCUGCCUGGCAGGAUAUAAACAUGCUACUUAUACAAAUCCAAGUCAGUCACAUUUUCUUGCUUGAGAAACAUAUAAACAUCUCUACAUGAUAUAUUUAUAUGUAUCUUAUAUAAAGAUAUAUAUAUUAAAGAAAAAAACUUUUCUUCAGAAAUAUAUAGUCACUAGAAAUGAGUUUGUGAACUAAUGAGAAUCAUCGUCAGUGAGACAGCCUAAAAAAACAUACGCCUGUCAAAUCGUGAGAACAAGGUCGCUGGUAAAUGAGAAACAUUAUGUAUAUCAAUACUUAGCAACGUUCGUUAACUGUUUCAAAGUUGCAGGAACUGUGAGACGAGUCGCCGGAAGGUGUAACUACCUCCUACCUUGAGGUGCUUCCGGGGCUUAGCGUCCCCGCGGCCCGGUCGUCGACCAGGCCUCCCUAGCACUAGACGUGGAACAGAGGGGAAAAAUAAUUCUCUUGUGUUUACAUAAACGAAUUUAAUGUAAACAGAGAAAGGGAUUUGGUAGUUUGAGGGUUGAGUGAGUUGUGUAAAUGAUUCGAGGUCUUGCGACAGGUCUUAGUGACGUCUCAAAAGACCUAAACUACGUCUUUUGACGUUGAAAAGGACGUAGAUAUGACGUAUGUAUUUUUAACGUCAAAAAGACGUCAAAAAUGUGUAUUUCUUAGUCUUAAGGUUUUGGUGAGUGGAGAUUAUUAUGGAUAAUCAGAUUCACCUGUGUUUUGCUCAAGUGGUGUGCGUCUGUCAGUCAAGGGGCCCGUGUUGACAGGCAGGUGCCCACAUCUGUCAGUCUAGGAACCCGUGUUGACAGGCAGGUGCCCACAUCUGUCAGUCAAGGAACCCGUGUUGACAGACAGGUGCCCACAUCUGUCAGCCAAGCGAUUUCAAACUACACAGAGUCCAAUAAACAUUACACUGAGGCUCUGGGCCAGACCAAGCCCCCUAAGUCAUUUAUAAACUAUUCACUGUAAACAAACUGAAGGGACUUAAUAUUUUAAAUACAUAAAACAAAUACAAUUCCGCUUCUUAGGUAGAAUACAAAGAGGCUUCUCUUCUUAUUAAGCUGGACUAGAGUUGGGGGCCUCCCUUGUGUCCCUGUUGAUGUAAAUAAGGUGAUUGAGCACGUCUUAAUGUCUAAGAUAUAUUACCGUAACGAAGUCUUUACAUCCUGUUAAGCAGUCCUUUGUCUCGUCUUGGAAUUGUUGUGUCAACCU